UUGUUGAAGGGUCGGCGAGCGUCUGGUGCGGUGCUCCGUGCUCGUCGCGGUGCGGAUGAAAGUCAAAGCUAAAAACAAAGCUUUUUUGAAUACGGUUCGGACACCGACGACAUGGCAUCACGGAGCUACGGUGCCCGUGUCCUCUGCCGGAGGGUGGGGGUCGCGAAGGUGAUGUGCAGGGGAAUGAGUGCAGCUGCGCAGCCACAGUCCCAGGUAGAUUUCCUAAAAGGAGAACCGCACAGGAAGCACCCAGGUGUGACCAACCUGAAAACUCUGCGCCUACCUGAGGAACUCCAGACGGCUGCACGGUCGAUUAUUACCAGGGCGCAGGUGAAUCGCCUGAGCGACCGCACCCGCAACCUCACAAACUUCCUGUGGAGCAGAAAACGAGCAGUUGAGGAUGUGACCCUGAGAAAGAAAGCUGUGAGCCUGGAGAAAGAGCUCUGGGAGAAAGCGAUGGAGAAGAGAGGAGAUAUAGAUGAGGAAGCACUGGAAGACCGCAUCAGGAAGAAAGUCUUCUCAGAGCUCAGAAGAACAACAUAUCACUGGACUACUAUGAAGUAUGAUGAAGAGUUAGGUGUGGUCUACAUGGCGGCUCGGCUGGCCGGCGGCUACGCGGCGGCGAGGCGAGCUCUAAACGAGAUAAAGAAGAGGGAUCCCUCUUUUGCCCCUCAGUCUCUCCUGGAUUUCGGCUCGGGGCUGGGAACAGUCGUCUGGGCAUCACACUCAUGCUGGGCCGGCUCUUUGAAGGAGAUGGUGUGUGUGGACAGCUCUGGGCCAAUGAACAUUCUGGCAGAACGACUUCUCAAAGGUGAUAAUGAAAGAGCUCAGCCUCACAUCAAACAAGUCUAUUUCAGACAGUUCCUCCCUGUCUCUCCUAAGGUGCAGUUCGAUUUGGUGGUCGCAGCUUUUACCCUGUCAGAGCUUCCCAGUGUGAAGGAGCGAGAGGAGGCGGUGUUCACUCUGUGGAGGAAGACAAGCUCAUAUCUGGUGCUGGUGGAAAAUGGGACCAAAGAGGGCCAUCAGAUUCUUAUGGAAGCCAGAGACACUUUAUUAAAGAAAGAAGAGAAGACGGUCCAUGACUCCAGACAAGCGUCAGUGUUUGCUCCAUGUCCUCACGAACUGAUGUGUCCUAAACUGGCCCAAGAGCCGACCGUCCCUUGCAACUUCCGGCAGCUGUACCAACCUCUGCCUCUGCCCGGGCACAAUGACCGGCAGACGGAGAAGUUCAGCUACUUGAUUCUGACCCGGAGGGGACCGGCGGAGGCAGAAACGGAAGGUGUGGACUGGGCCCGGCUGAUCGCACCGGUGCAGCGCAGAACGAGACAUGUCCACUGUCGAAUGUGCUGCCCUGAUGGACGACUACAGCACGUGGUGGUGACAGCUCGAAAGCACAGCAGAGAUGUGUACCGCUGCGCCCGGAGCAGCGACUGGGGAGAUCAACUGCCGAUCUUUCAAAAUGUCGAGGAAGACGUCAAGAACGAUUCAGAGUGAUGACUC